AUGUCUCUCAACCGCAAACGAAUCAUGGAAAAUAUCUUCCAAUCCAAACAGAUCACUUUCGUCAUUGGCGAGGAGCAGAAGAAGUAUUACGUUCACGAGUCGUCCUUUAGCCGCCUGUCCCGACCUCUCAAAGCGCUACUUACAGGAGGCAUGAAAGAGUCUCAGAAUGCCAAGGUCGUCUGGGCAGAGGUUGAUGAUGAUGUUUUCCUCGCCCUCGUUGACUUUGCCUACCACGACUCGUACACCAUCCCAUCGCUUCGCAAAGUCAAAGAAGGGAAGCAUUUCCCAGUCAGCAACACAUGGGAGGGUUUCGGCAGCGACAACUCACAGGACGACGCAAAGAACGAACCCAGGAAGCGGACAUUUCCAUCAAUCAUCUCGUGGAUGUUGGAGACCGGUACCGAGUGUACUCCGAAGUACGAUUUAUGCAAAGACAAAUUCAAUGGAGGCCAGGGAGUAUACCGAAAUCCAGCUUCGACCUUAAUAUGGGCAACGGAGAUGAGAAUGACCGAUCGCACUGGCUACACCGACGUCUUCAUGCUGCAUGCACGACUCUAUGUCCUCGCCGAUACCUACGCGAUUGAGCAACUCCGCAAGCUUUGCCUCCAGAGGAUCCGUAUCAGCUUUCUCAACGUCACCCCAAACGCAGAGCUGCUCGAAACCUUGCAUGACUUGAUCAUCUACGCUUUCGAAAACACCAAGGCGUCAGAUGAACUCCGCACGCCAUUGCUUCAUUUCUGUAUCGCUCAGAUGGAAUGGAUCAGGAGUAGUGGCUUUUUAGAGCGGAUGAGAGAGGAGCUUCCCGAAUUUCUGGCCGACUUGGCUCUUGAAAUUCCGUUCGAAUUCUGGAGUAGCAUCGGUGGAUCAUGA